AUGAUGUUCACAGACAAGAGCUCCAGCACCUCUGUGCCCAAGAAGGCGUCCAAGAAGAAGAAGAAGACGCGGCCGCAGGGUUUACCCUCCCCUGCAUUGUGCUGCGCCUGUGGCCUCUGCAUCAUGCUGGCAGGCAUCAACAUCACGCUGGUGGGAGCCUUUGCCUUCGGCACUUUCAUGCCCAGGAACAAUCCGCCCAUCAUCAUUGGGCCUAUGCUGCUGCUGGUGGCCUUCGCCUUCUUCGGGGCCUGCUGUGUCUGCAGCCGCCGCCCCCCUGCCCAAGGGUCACGUAAGCCUAAGGGGGGUAACAGCCUGGGCCUUAUCCGGGCAGGGGGCACAGCUUUUGAGAUUGAGACUAGCGAGCACACCCUGCAGGACACCACUGCUGUACAGCUGAGUCCCACCAACUCACCUUGCUCCUCCUCCAAGUCCAGUCCCUCUCACGAGGCCAGCACCACCCUCCGUACCUGCAAGCUCUUCACCAUGGAGGCCAAUGGCCCUGCCUCUGCCUGCUACUCCACUUCCUCAGGGGGGGAGGCCAUCCAGCUCAGUCUGCCCCGUGACUCUGCUGCAACUUAG